AAAUCGCAUCAUGGACCCGCUUCCAUUCCGAAUAUUUUUUCUUUUUACUGCAGCCAAUCUUUGGUUCGAAGUGGCAUUGGUAGGUAACAAAUCUUGAAAACGUUAAAAUUUGCAUCGUUACGGAAAGCACUAUUUCAAAACGGAUGUAAUUUGUUUUUGUGUUAUCUGAACGCGCCCAGACACAAAACUAUAUUUUAAUCGGUAUCAGACAAGAACUCAGACUGGUAGGUCGUUCGAUUUUCACGAGUUCCGUUUUAAAGGGCUCUCAAGAUCACAGAAUACACCGACGGCUUGAUAAUGGAAACACUUCAGGGUAUGCAAUCAUGCUUAAAAUGAAAAUGAUGUAAAGUUAACAAUUAUAACCUUGGUGUUGUGGAAAUAUUAACUUCAACCUCCUUCCUGCUUGCCAACGGGAGGGUACAAAGAAAAAAUUCAUUCUUAUUGAAAUCUUCUAAUUGGAGAUAGAAUCCAACGAUUACUAUUGUGAAUAUGUGAUAAAAUUGAAUGAACAAAAUGGUCCAACUUUUCGCAACAUUUGUUUAAUAAUACAUCAAUCGUAACUACGUACCGUCUGCAUUCCUUAGGCAAAGGAAUAUUGCGGAUCUGUGGAUGGAAAAGAAUACUUCUGUGAUGAAGGUAAAGUCCAUUAAUUCUUACGUUUGGUGGGAGUCUUCUGUGACUUAGUUCUUUACACAACACUUCGGAAACGGCAAGAACGCUUGCUUAACUAAAUAUUCAUACAUUUUAUGUCCUCGUAACAUAAUUAAAAUUUACCCAAAACAAACUUUCAUCUCAGUGAUUCAGCCGUAAUAUUCAAAGUUUACACUCAAAUCGAGGUCACAAUUGUUACUUCCUACAUUUAACUCCAGCAGUACAUUGAAGAGGCCCGUUUGACUAGUCGACUUUUCUAAUAUUUUCAUUUAAUUUUUUUUCUUUGUUUACCUUUCUAAAAAAUAUCAAUGUAGGCCAAUGCUGUGGAGAUUAUGACUGCUGUAGCUACUUCAAGUAUUACAAGACGUGGUGUAAGUGAUCCUCUCUUAAUUUUGUUCUUGUUUUGAUUUUUGUUCUUCUUCUUCUUUUCUGUUUUGUGGGUCCGUGGGUAGGUGUGUGUUUUUGUGGCAAGAAAAUCUGGUUUUAUGAACUGAAUUGGUAAUGAAAAUUGGCCUAGAGCUGGUUUUCUAGAGCUUUUGUUUUUCGAGUUCACCCUUUUUCCUUGGCUCUGACCAAUUAUCAGUUAUGUAGCAAUAGAGACAAAUAACCAUCCCUAAAAACCCCUAAAUUUACUCUGAAAAUGCUGAAAUGUCUGUGGAAUUGAGAACAAUAUUACUUGCUGACUUGCAGGGUUCUGGUUGGUUUGGGCUGUUAUAAGUUUAUUGGGGUGCUGCUGUGCAUAUCAACGCAGACGUUAUUACGGAUGGCAUGGACACAUCAGGAAUUUUGUUUACCCAUUGGCUCCAGCCAGAACAGAAAAUCAACCACUGACUCCCUAUGACGAAUUUUUUUCUGAUCCCAACUACAAACUGCCAUCUUACGCUGAAGUAGAAGCCAUGGGUAGUCUGGGACCUCCAUCUGAUGGGGAAGGUGCCCCUCCCCCUUAUGUGGACCCACUUGCAAAUGAGGAUUUGGAAGAUGAUGCUGACAACAUUGAAAAUGGUGAAAUAUUUUUGGAAAGUAGGGUGGAUGAUGAGAGUUCCAGGCCCCUUAUCCCCCCUUACACAGAAGUGCAGACAUCAGAGAACUCAUAAUAAUUAUUCUCCUAAAUUUCUUUUCUCAGCUGAGGGAAAAAAAUAUGGGUUCACAAAAAUGUGAAUGCACGGGCCAUUUUUUCACACAAAUCUUCAAGCUGGCUCAGAUGCUGAGUUGACAAGUUAUGAAUACUAGUUGUAUAGGUUUUGAUAAUACAUACAAAUUGAAACAUAUUCUCACAUUGCUAUCAAACAUGAGCAUCUGAAAUAUGAAGGAAAUAUCAUUUUAAACUGUGUUCAGUAAGACUAAUCAAAUAGGUGUUCAGGGCAUAUUAGCAAACCAAACCACAAAUUACUUAUGCUCCUUUGUCCAGAUUUCUCAAGUGGUAUUAUCUUGUUUUUAUAAAAAAAAAUCACAUUCCAGACAAAUUUCUAGUGUUCACAAAGAGUGGAAUCAAGAAUGUAGUAAGGACUGAACCUGGCAGGUGACAUGCUUUCCCUACCAAUGAGAUAAAUAAUUCAUAGAUCCCUCUACCUGGAUGAAUCUCUUGGUUUAUCCCUAUAGGUCUCAUUCAAAUCUCCCUGUAAUGUAAGCCUCAGCAAUCAAACUUGAAAUAGAGAUAUGAUCAUGAUACAAUUGAACUGUACAUAAAUGUAAAUAAUAUUCUUUCACUUGUUCGGAAUUGUUUGUGAUGAAAUAUAUGUCAAAAACAAUAUUGGCAUAUUAUAGUGUAUAGGAUCAAUGUAUAUCGUGGGUUUAUGAACAUUGUGAGGUAAACAUUUUCAUUUUACUUUCAUGUUUUGGAAAGGCUAAACAUGUAAAAAAUUCAUGCCUUGUAAGAAUUGUUAGAGAAAAUAACCAUUCUUAAUCAGCAAGUGAUAGAUUUCUCUAAAAGCCUCAGAUCUGGCUGUGUUUAUCAUUAUUCAUACAUUCAAUUAAUGUCUUGUUUGUGUGUUUCAGGUUUAAAAGAAUACUAUUAAUGUUACUUAAUAAGAAAGAGUUAUUUUUAAUAUUCUUGCAUGUGUAUAUGGUAACAACACUGAUAUAAAUUUAUGUACCAAUUUUUCAUGAAUUAUCAUGAUUAGUUCUGAGCUCUUAAAUUAAUGUACCAC